UUUAAUUUCCUCGCCCAAUUUGGCCCUCGCCCACCUACUAUCUCCCUCCCCGCACUGCGCCGGCCCCCCGGAAGAGACCCGAACGCACGAGCCACCACCGUCUCCUCCGCGAACUCCACCCAAAUUCCCACGGGCUCCCGGACCAAUCCGUCCGAUUCGCAGCCUUCCGCGCCUGCCCCGGGCCAAUCCCUGCGGGAAUUCGUGAUAAAGCCGCGAUUUUUCUCCGCCUUUUGCUUUCGCUCCCCGCGCCCCCUUUUCCUUUUUGACUCCGCCGGUCUGCCCCUUUAUUGCCGUUCCUGAUUGUGUUUCCCCGUCGAGAGGCGCGGUCUUGCGAGGGCGUCGAUCGCGGAUUCGGCUCCGGAGGCGUCGAUUCGAUCCCCAGGCGAAGGGAUUAUGGAUUUGGGGAGGCUUCUUUAGCGCGAUUGUGAUCGGGGACUUGUUCGGGGGUUCAAUCCGUCAUGAUUAAGCAAAUCCUCGGCCGGCUUCCCAAGAAGCCGGCCAAGUCCGGCGAGAAGGAGUUGGCCGGAGCGGGCACGUCGCUGCCCAGCCCGACAGCCGAUGCAAGAACCACCACGGAUUUGACCAUGUCUAGCAGGCUCGUCAAUCCCAGCAGUUAUGCCUCCACGGUCACAAAUCCCGGCCAGAACUACGCGGCCAGGAACGCCGGCGCUGGUGCCGGCGUCAGCAACGGGUUCACGGCCUCGGCCGGGUACGAGGCGCUCCCGAGCUUCCGGGACGUGCCGGCCUCCGAGAAGCCCAGCCUGUUCCUCAGGAAGCUGGCCAUGUGCUGCGUGGUGUUUGACUUCACGGACCCGACCAAGGAUGUGAAGGAGAAGGAGAUCAAGAGGCAGACGUUGCUUGAGCUGGUGGACUAUAUCACCUCUGCCACCGGGAAGUUCCCGGAGCCUGUUGUCCAGGAGGUCAUCAAGAUGGUGUCUAUAAAUUUGUUCAGAGCCCCAAACCCUGCUCCGAGAGAGAACAAGGUGCUCGAGUCGUUCGACUUGGAGGAGGAAGAGCCUGUCAUGGACCCGGCAUGGCCUCACUUGCAGAUUGUAUAUGAACUGUUCUUGAGAUUUAUUCAGUCUCCUGAGACAGAUGCAAAGCUGGCCAAGAGGUACAUUGAUCAUGGUUUUAUUAUCAGGCUUCUUGAUCUCUUUGACUCAGAGGAUCCUAGGGAGAGGGAGUACUUGAAAACAAUACUUCACAGGAUAUAUGGCAAGUUCAUGGUGCACCGUCCAUUCAUCAGGAAGGCAAUUAAUAAUAUCUUCUACAGGUUCAUAUUUGAGACAGAGAAGCAUAAUGGGAUUGCAGAGCUGUUAGAGAUUUUGGGGAGUAUAAUUAAUGGCUUCGCUUUGCCGCUCAAGGAAGAGCACAAAUUGUUUUUGGUCCGGGCAUUGAUUCCACUCCACAAACCAAAAUGUGUUGCCAUGUACCAUCAGCAACUGUCAUACUGUGUCACUCAGUUUGUUGAGAAAGAUUGCAAGCUUGCUGAUACUGUCAUAAGGGGUUUACUGAAGUAUUGGCCCAUCACGAAUAGCUCAAAGGAGGUGAUGUUUUUGGGUGAGCUAGAGGAGGUACUAGAGGCUACUCAGCCAGCAGAAUUCCAGAGGUGUAUGGUGCCCCUUUUUCGUCAGAUCGCCCGUUGUUUAUGCAGUUCUCACUUUCAGGUGGCAGAGAGAGCUCUCUUUCUAUGGAACAAUGACCAUAUUGAGGGUUUGAUCAAACAGAACAGUAAGGUGAUACUGCCCAUAAUCUUUCCUGCGUUAGAACGAAAUACAAAAGGCCAUUGGAACCAGGCAGUUCAAAGCUUGAGUCUAAAUGUUCGUAAAAUAUUCAUGGACCAUGAACCUGGACUGUUUGAGGAGUGCCGAAAGAAGUUUGAGGAAGAGGAAGCUCAAGAAGCUAGCAAGACGUCCAAACGUGAGGCUGUAUGGAAGCGUCUAGAAGAAAUCGCCUUGUCAAAAUCUGCUCAGUGAAGCAGCACAUCUUCCUGAGGCUAGUUCAUCGGCAGAGUUCAUCUAUCUAGUCUUGCUGACGGCAUAUGAGCAGAUCUCUCUCACUGGAUCAAGUUAGAUCGCUGAUGUAAGUGAUCAUGGAUGGAUGGUUGCCUCGUCUUACUUGUUGCCGGACAUUUUACAGGCUCACAUGUAAAUACGAGGUAGAUGAUGGGCUGCUUAAAGCUUCAACAGAGCCUCGGGUUCUGUCAGCUGUGUGACCCCCCUGAUGAUGAUAUCGGUUUCAUCAUCAGAGGACAAAGGAAUGCAGAGGCAAAUGAUCUGUUCUGGCUUUCCUGAGAUGCAGGCGACACAGCCUGCAGCUUAGUUUCCUGAUCCAGGGUCGGUUAGGAGCUGAUGAAAGAUCAGCAAGUCUGGUAGCACUUGCUCUUGCUUGGUGAUGGUGUUUUCGCUGAAAUGUAAUAUGCUUUAUGUAUGAAUGGUAACUUGAAGGCCAUGCCUCGUGAUAAUAUGUAAUCCAGUGUACAUGUGUUUUGCUUCCGUCAGUUUAUACAGAAAUUUGGAAUGAGCAGUGCUGAUUACCACCUGUUUCAUCAAAA